CUGAUAUGGAUGAAGUGAAGUUUUCCCAAUAAACCUCAAAGCCAAACCCCAAAACCCCUAAAGUCCCAAAGAAGAGCAAUGUCGUUCUCUCAACUCCUUCAGCGCGCCUUCUCAACCACGACCCAGGCGAGUUGCGCCGCCGCCGCCACCAACAACUCCCUCUUCACUGUCGUCUACAAGGAACGCAACCUCAAACGCCUCGUUGAGAAGUUCAAGAAGUCCUCCGAAGCUUACCGUUUCCGUACCAAAUCUGGGAUUUAUGAAGACACGGUUCGCCGCCUUGCCUCCGCUAAACGAUUCAAAUGGAUCGAAGAGAUUCUAGAAGACCAGAAGAAGUACAGCGAUAUCUCCAAAGAAGGCUUUGCGGUCCGACUCAUUUCUCUAUAUGGGAAAUCGGGCAUGUUCGACAAUGCCCAGAAGGUGUUCGAUGAAAUGCCUGAAAGGAACUGCGAGCGUACGCUGUUGUCGUUCAAUGCCCUUUUGGCGGCUUGUGUAAACUCCAGGAAGUUCGAUAGGGUUGAUGGAGUUUUCAGAGACCUUCCCGCGAAGUUGGCUAUUGAACCAGAUUUGGUAUCCUAUAACACCGUGAUCAAGGCGUUCUGCGGGAUGGAUUCCUUGGAUUCUGCUGUUUCUGUCCUUGAUGAAAUGGAGAAGAAGGGUCUGAAGCCGGAUGUGAUUUCGUUUAAUACACUUUUGAAUGCAUUUUAUGGGAAAGGUCGGGUUGCUGAAGGUGAAAGGAUAUGGGAUCUAAUGGAGAAGAAUUAUGUCUCUCCUGACAUCAGGAGCUACAAUGCCAAGUUGCUCGGAUUGUUUCGGGACAAGAAAACGAAAGAAGUUAUUGACUUGAUCGGGGAAAUGAGGGCUAAGGGAAUUGAACCGGAUGUGUUUAGCUUCAAUCUGGUGAUUGAAAGUUUUGUCAAGAGUGAGAACUUGGAGGAAGCUAAGCAGUGGUACAAUGAAAUGAAAAAGAGUGAGUGUGUGCCAAAUAAAACGACUUUCGAAAAACUCAUUCCCUUCCUUCGGAAGCAGGGCGAUUUGGACUUUGCUUUUGAGCUGUGCGAGGAAGUUUUUAAAAGGCGAUUCCUUCUAGAUGUGGCAUUAUUGCAGCGUGUGGUGGACGAACUGGCAAACACGUCCAAGAUUGAGGAAGCAAAGAAACUAGUGGAGCUUGGAAAGACCAACGAUUACCGCCGCUAUCGCCCGAAGUUGCCUUCAGAAUCAGAGGCCCCUUCAGACAAGUAGUACCUGCCUUUACUUUUAUUAUAUUGCUUUGCUUGUUAAUUGUUUCUGGUUUUACAAGAAAAUUUUGAAGAAACAAACGACUUUCUUUUCCUUGUUAAGUUGGAAGUUUAAAUUAUUUCUUAGUUCUUGCCUCAAACUAGACCUCUAGCCCACUAGACAAGUCAAGUAGUACACUGCAGUUGUCAAUUUUGGUUGGCCACCCCUGAAUAAAUUUUAGAAAAUUGUACGCUACUUUGUGUUGCUGAUAAUAUCUGUACUAGAUUUCUUGUUGGCAUCCAA